UGUUCGCUUUUUGUACAAGUGAAACGAAUAUCGGUGCGAUUCGGAAACAAUUGUUGAAACACUUCGAGAGCAAAUAAAGGCGCUAAAGCCGAAAAUCAGUGAUUUUUACAACAAUUAAUCCAUUAUAUCAAAGUUUUUAUUUAAACCUUUAUUUGUGUACAUUAACUGGAAUAACUUUCAAUCAAUAUUCUGGGGUAACUACAUAUCAACUAGUGAAACGAAAUUUUUAGAAUCGUCGAUUAAAGACAACAGAAAGAGAUGUUUAACCAAACAAGCACAUUGGGAGCUGUUGCUCCAGGCAAUGCCAACCCUAUGAAGGAUUUUGAAGUGGUUUCACCACCAGACGAUUCGAUAUCGAGUCUAGCUUUCAGUCCAGCAUCGAUUUCUCAGAAUUUUCUUGUUGCCGGGUCAUGGGACUGCAACGUCAGAUGCUGGGAGGUUGAACAAACUGGCAAGACAGUUCCUAAAUCCAUGCAGACACUGGGAGGCCCAGUUUUAGAUGUUUGUUGGCACGAUGAUGGAACUAAAGUAUUCAUGGCCUCCUGCGAUAAAAUGGUCAAGUGCUGGGAUUUAGCAUCAAAUCAAAGUGUCCAAGUAGCUCAACACGAUGCACCUGUUAAAACGUGUCACUGGGUUAAGGGAUCAAACUACUCUUGUCUGAUGACUGGUUCCUGGGAUAAGACACUCAAGUUCUGGGAUACCAGGAGUCCAAAUCCCAUGUUAACGAUUAAUCUACCAGAAAGAUGCUACUGUGCUGACGUUGAUUAUCCAAUGGCUGUAGUUGGUACAGCAGGUCGAGGUCUAAUAAUUUAUCAGCUGGAAGGCACUCCCCAGGAGUUCAAAAGAGUGGAAUCGCCCCUGAAGUAUCAGCACCGUUCUGUUGCAAUUUUCAGAGACAAGAAAAAAGGCCCAAAUGGUUACGCUCUUGGCAGUGUUGAAGGACGAGUUGCUAUUCAGUAUGUGAAUCCCUCUAACCCCAAAGACAACUUUACCUUCAAGUGUCAUCGAUCGAACGGCGCACCCAACGGCUACCAGGACAUCUAUGCCGUCAAUGAUAUUGCAUUUCACCCUGUGCAUGGAACCCUAGCCACUGUUGGUAGUGAUGGAACAUUCAGCUUCUGGGAUAAAGACGCCAGAACUAAAUUGAAGCCAUCUGAACCCAUGGAACAGUCUAUCACUCGUUGUUGCUUCAAUCACAAUGGACAGAUAUUUGCCUAUUCUGUAUCGUAUGAUUGGUCGAAGGGUCACGAAUUCUACAAUCCCAUGAAGAAAAACUACAUCUUCCUGAGAUCGUGCUACGACGAACUCAAGCCAAGGAGUACCUCGUAAAAAACAUUUAUAGUUUUGUCUUGAAUUUUUUAUGAGAAAAGAAACUUGAAUAAAUUUCUUUUAUUACC